AUGAAAAAGACCAAUCAACUGUAUGCUUAUAUUAGCAUAAGAAAUGUAUUUUUUGCUGAAGUGGGCAUUGGGAUCCCAGCCAACACCAUCCUUCUUCUCUUCCACAUCUUCAUGUUCCUUCUCCAGCACAAGCUCAAGCCCACUGACUUGAUCAUGGGUCUCUUAACUAUAAUCCACCUAGGGUUGCUGAUAAUUUUGGUGUACAUGGCUACGAAUAAUUUUUUGUCUCAGGAUUUUGGGGAUGGCAUCAAAUGUAAAUCAAUCAUCUACUUGCACAGGUUUUUGAGGGGCUUCUCCAUUUGUGCCACUUGCCUGCUGAGUGUCCUUCAGGCCACCACCCUCAGCCCCAGAACAUCCUGCUUGGCAAAGUUUAAUCAUAAAUCUCCACAUCAGAUCCUGUGCUCCCUUGUUUUCUUGUGGGUCUUCUACAUGUCCUUGAGUACUCUCUACUCAUUCUCUGCUGCUGCCAUCUCCAAUGUAACCUCUGAUGGCAUUGUAUCUAUUAAUGAAUUCUGCAAAAUUGUACAAAUGAGUUACUUCCUCAGGCAUUUAUUUUAUGCAUUGAGUGCAUUCCAGGAUAUCUUUCUUAUAGGACUCAUGGCCCUCUCAAGUGCAUACAUGGUGGCUCUCUUGUGCAGGCAUAAGAGGCAAUUCCAGCACCUUCACAGCACCAGACAUUCUUCAAGAGCAUGCCCUGUACAGAGAGCCACCACAACCAUCUUGCUGCUCACAAGCUUCUUUGUGCUCAUGUACUGGUUGGACACAAUCUUCUCCUCCUCAAGAACUAUGUGGAAAGAUGAUCCUGUUUGUUUUUAUAUCCAUAUGAUGGUGUCCAAUGGCUAUGCCACAACCAGUCCUUUGCUGCUGAUCUGUACUGAAAAACGCAUUUUUAGGUUCUUGAAAUAUUAUUGGGUGAGAAUAGCACAUACUUAA